CUUCUCUUGACUGUGGUGAUACCAGUAAAAGAGCUACAAGACAGAAAUUAGAACUUCUAUUUGUCUUUGACAUUCAAAAUGGAUACAAAUGCUGUUAAAGUACAUUUCAGGGUCAUUAGGUUCAUACAAGAGGCAGGUUUAAAAUUACGUUUGACAAGCCUACCAAUAGCAACAGCUGCAGUAAUUUAUCAUAAAUUCUUUAGAGAAAAUAAAAUCACUGACUUUGACCCUUAUUUAGUUGGUACUACAGCAUUAUAUAUGGCUGGUAAAAUUGAAGAAGAAGUUGUUAAACUGAGGGAUGUUGUCAAUAUUUGUCACAGAACUUUACAUAAAAACAAGCCUCCACUAGACAUUGGAGAAACAUUUUGGUCUUUACGAGAAUCAGUGGCAAGCUCUGAGUUGCUGAUAUUGAGAUCUUUAAGAUUUAAAGUUGUAUUCUCUCAACCUCACAAGUUUGUGCUCCACUAUUUGAAAUUUCUUAAAGACUGGUUUGAUCCCCAUGACUGGGACACGAUUCCUAUCUCCAAAACAAGUUGGGCUUUUUUACGUGACUGUUACCAUGGUGAUAUGUGCCUGAAUUAUAAAGCAGAGCACAUAGCAAUAGGUGUCAUAUAUUUUGCGUUACUGUCACACGGUAUGGAGGUUCCUUAUCAUAAUGAGGCAGACAUGAAAUGGUGGCAGGAAAACCCAAAUCAACCUCCAAAAAUGGUGUUAAGUGAUGAUUUAACUCUUCCUACCGUACAAAACAUUAUCUCAGAUUUAAUGACUUUAUAUGAGAUGGAAAUACUAGUGCAAUCAUAG